CGAGCCUGCGUAAAAACGCACCGAGCGCACGCCAAACACUUACGAAAAAGCGAGCGUGAUUAAAAAAACCCCCACAAAGCUCGGCCCUUCCAGCUCCUGGCACCUCUGUGAAUGAAUAAGCCGUUUGCGGAGAAAGCCUCCUGGAUUUGCUGCUGCAGAAGUAACCGAAAGAGCGGAACGCGCUUCGGAGGUGCGUCGCUGCGAUCGCUCCUGAAAACUGAGGGGAAAUAUUAGAUUUGUUUUGGCCAAAGGAGGCAACUUUUUGAAAAGGUCAAGACGGCUUGUUUCAGCGACAAGAGGAGAUAUGUUCAAGAAAAGCAAGAGUAAAGUGCUGGUGGAUUAUGCGUCAGAGGAAGACGACAUGUCCUGGCACUAUCAUCACUCCUACAAGGACAAAGACAUAGAAGGAGAGGAAGAGGAGGAGGACGCUGUCGCUGCAGUAUCCAAGGAGGCCAAGGUGAAGAAGAUCAUGUCCAAGAAAGAGAGGAAGGAGAAGAAAAUGUUCUCUUCUAAAGAUGACGAGCACUUCUUGUUGACUGGGGUGAAGCUGGCUGACCGCAGGGGGUCUCACAAGAAGAUCAAGGAUGAUGAGAAGGAGAAGGAAAAGCAGGACAAGCCAGAGAAGGGCCACUGUUUCUGGGAGAGCGUCACCAUGACGAUGAGGCAGAUCUCACCCACCAAAAAACUGGAGAAGAUGGAGGGCUGGGAGUCGCCUCACCUGGAGAACUUAGCUGAGACUGGGACCGACGAAGCCCCAGAGGAUAAGAGCCGGAAAGGGGACUCUCCAGUGUCCUUCGCCGACUCUCUAGGCCUCCCAUUGGAAUUGGCUUCCUGGGCGGGCCGGGGUCUUGAGGAGGACUCCUCCCGCUAUGCUAACCUGUCGGACUCCAAGGAUUCAACAGCUGCCGUCAGGUGGACAGCCCGCGCCAAAGUCAAGCUGGCCGGCAUCAGCAGGAUGAGCAGAGGGAUUGUGUCAGAGAGCGCUUGGGAGGGCUUUAAAUAGUGGCCAUUUUACCUUUGACACCCUCCCUCUUCACCCAUGUACCAUCAAUAAAGUGGAUGAAGACCUGAACCAAAUAUCUGCUUGUCUCUGUAGUCUAGUUCUGGAUGAAACCAGUGUUAAUUCCAACUGGUACUGAGAGGCUGUAGUCAAGCCAUGAACAGGAAAGUCAACACAUUUUGUUUGUUCUUUUUAUCUUUAGACUUUAAGUCUUUGAAAACUGUGUUUGUCAGUUUUCUCAGCAGGCUUUCUUGGCAGGACUGCCACUUAUAAAUAGCUGACAGAAACAACAAAUAAAAGCCUUAAACUACUGCACCAUUUUAACUGUGAUAUACACUGGCCUGGAAGUCAGAUAAUCUAUAUAGCCAAGAGAUGAGAAGAGUGAUUUUCAUAUAAUUAUUGUGAGUGAUGAUAGUAGAGAACCACUGAAGAAUAUUCUAACCUGCUACUGAAGACUUUGUGUUGGUUUCCACUUCCUUUCUGUCUAUGCACCAUCUGAGUGAAGAAUGUGAGUCUGAAGCCUUGAUUUAUGCGUAAAGAAUGGGCUUCAAAUCUGUGCAAUCAUGUUUGUAUGUGUGUGAAAGAGAGGUUAAGAGGAGAGGAGGUGAGUUUGUGGAUUGACACGCACCCGCAUCUGUUUUAGUGAAUCGCAGCUGGCAUCGCAGGGGAGAUGUGAAGUUCGGUGGUUGUGUUGGAAGUGUGUGGAGGUGAAAAAUGCAAUGUUCUUUAAAAAAAAAAAAAAAAAAAUCAAAGCAACCCCCACAGUGUCAUAGACUGAUACAUGUUCAAAUCCGAUGCUGAGUAAUAUUUAUAAGUGUAAUGAUCAAAAGAUAAAAGCCAAACUCUGUGAAAAGCAGUGACUCCUUGCAUACACCUGUGAAGUGCCUUGUAUCAACACAAUGACAUCAUGCAUUUACUGUAAAAUUGAACCAGACCAAAUCAGAGCACAAACCUGCUGUGCUCGUUAGUGUCUAUGCAGGUGCAGGUGGGUCAACCCAGCAUGCACCUGUGCUGCACCAGCCUUUGAGACACUUCCUGGUUUUCAGUUACAAACCAGUGUCCUUGGAUGUCGUUUGCUUCAGUAGCAGGAGCAGCACAAGUGCUUGUGUGCUACAUUGUAAAAAGCUGGUCAGUUGUUUAAUGCUUACCUGUAUAUUGUAUAAGACUGAGACACUGUAGAGUAAUUUCUGCAAUGAUUUUUCUUUUAGGUUUAUGAGAAACUUCAUGCCACUGGUCUUCGCUUUAAUCUGUUAACUGAAUUUCUUUGAUACUUAAAUCUGCUUCAAUGCAGCUGAACAUGUACACAGAUACAGGUCCACUUCCAGGGAUGUCUGUAUCCUGUAUUUAUUCACUAAAAGGCUGGGUCACAUUUUCUCAAGCAGAAUAAAGAUUUAGUUUGACUGUG